AUGUCAAACAAUAAGCAGUUGGUAUCGCAUAGCAACAACAAGAGCUGUUACAGGUUAUAUGCUGGUCAUGGCAAUUGGAUUAAUCUUGACUUGAAGACCACGCAAGAUUUACUCGAUAUCUUUCAAAAGGGGAUCCCCUGUCGCUAUCAAUUGAGUGCCGGGCUUUUUAUUGAUAUUAUUCCACAUGAUGUGGACUGUAACAGCAAGAAUAUUGACAUGUUUGGUCUCAUGCGCGCUGACUUGGUCUAUGAAAGCCAAGUGGUUGAAACUCAUGUCCAACAAUUGAUGUCGCAUUACAUAAGGUCACUUUUGGACGAUCAAGGCAUUAUUGAUGCAUUUCCGCCCUUAAGAUCAGGAGAAGAUCUCCCUAUCAUUACUUCUUUACCCACUCACCGCCAUUUAAGCUUGGUCCCUUCCGUUGUCGGCGCCGUUAGAAGAGGUCCUAAACCUUCUUUAUACAAAUCAACCGAUUCUUCCUCCGCCUUGCUAUCCUCUUCUUCUUCUUGCUCCACUUCGCCUCGUUUGACUACAAAAAAGAAGGCCUUCCAUACCAUCUCGAACAGACGUAAAAGAAAGACAAUGCCUGUUGAAUUAUCUAUGCCUACUGCAGCUACUAAAAGACAAGCUAUGACGUCGUCUAUGCAUGCAUUUGAUGAUCAGAAUUACAUGGAAUCUUCUUCACCUGACUAUCCUCAUCACCAUCACCAUCAUCAUCAUCACCAGCAACAACAGGGAGGAAGUAGUAGUGGUCCUUCAGGAGGAGGAGGUGGUGGUGGUGGUGGAAGUGGCAAUAACACAUAUCCUCUCAUUGCUUAUCCAGGUCAAGCCAAUUGGAAUUAUCAACAACAACGCACUAACUUUAACUUUGAAUUUGACUUUGACCAGGAGAGACAUUCUCCUACAGACAUUUUAAAUGAAUAUGAAUAUAAUCAACGUUUUGAUACAAGAAGCAAUGAAUUAUAUCAACCUAUAUUAGAAGAAAAGCCAUCUUCAGGAACUUCAACAGAAAGCUAUGCUCCCAGUUCUCCUCAUUGGGAAGGUAAAGAAUGGGAUUAUGAAAAGAAACCUUCUGUGACAACAAUUGAUCAUCGUAUCUUACUCUCCAACAACAACAAUUUAAUCCUUACUCAUUCAUCUCCCUAA